AUGGCGUUGUGUGCACAUGAUGUGAACCUGGGGAUGCCGGAAGACGCACUGACGCCUGUGCGCAAGCGCCGCCGCCUGUGCCGCAUUGACUCUGGCGAGAAGGAGAACCGGCCCGCCCUCGCGAACGCGCCGGCCACGUCCCGGGUGGAGGCCGAGCAGCCUCCGAGGCGAGCCCCUCCCGGGCGGCAGCAGCCGCCGCAGGCCAGCCCGAAGGCAUUCCCCAAGGAGUACCCGCUCAUAGCCCGUGAGCGCGAAUGUGCUCAGCUCGACGCGUUCAUCGACAGGUGCCUGGCAGGUGGCCCCAGCAAUGGUGGUUGCUUGUACGUGAGCGGCGGGCCAGGCACCGGCAAGACGUGUUCCGCGCGGGCCGCGGCCGCCGCGCGGCAGAGCAGGAGCCCCGAGACGCAGAUUAUCGAGGUGAACUGCAUGAACCUGCAGCAGCGCACCACAGCGGGGCUGUUUCGGCACCUCGAGGAGGCAGCGGGUGUGAGGAGGCACACCCGCAGCGGCACUGCUGCAGAGGCGGCAGCAGCGCUCGGGCAGUUGGGGAGCAAGGUCGUCGUCAUCGUGGACGAGGUGGACCAGCUAGUGGGCACGACGGCCCGGCUUCGCGCCGCAGGCCUGAGGUCUUUGGGUAGUCUCGCCUCCCUGCCGCUGCUGCCCGGCGCUCCGGCGCUGGCGUUGGUGACGAUCGCCAACGCGGUAGGCCUCUUCUCGCAGGACGCGGAGCUGGCCAGGCUCUGCGAGCCGCUGCUCUUCAAGCCCUACGAGGCAGGCCAGCUCCGGAGCAUCGCACAGUCGCGGCUGGCCGAGGUUCUGCCGCUGGCCCACGGCGCGCCCGCGGCGGGGUCGGCGGCAUCCGCGCAUCCCCUGGCGGGCGCAUUGGGCGUCGGCUCGCUGGCGAUGGAGGUGAAGCUCCGGCAAGUGGCGAAGAACAGCGGAGACUGUCGUCAGGUCAUGCACGUCUGCGAGAGCGCCGUCCUGGAGCAGCAGGCCGCUCGAGAGGAGGCCGCGGCGGCCUCCGAGGGCGGUGAGGCGUGCUCCUCAGCGGCUGGCAAGCUUACAGCAAUCCGUGGGUCAGGGCCUGCGCCGACAAAGCGCGACCCCCUGGCGAGCGUCGAGUUCCUGCCGCUGGAGCAGCAGGUCCUUCUCCUCGCCCUGACCGGCGCGAAGAGCGAGGCGGUGCGCGUCGCCGAGGUCUGCCAGCGCUACAAGGCCCUCAGCCAGCGGCUGCACCAGCCGCUGGACCUGGCGAAGGAGGAGGUGCGGGAGGCCCUCCUCGCCCUCGAGCAGCAGGGGCUGCUCUCGCUCCGCGCGCCGCGGCGCGGCGGCGGCGGCCGCGGCGGCGGCGGCGGCGGCGGCCGCGCGGCCCCCGCGCGGGCGCCGGCGCAGGGCGACUGGGUGGCCGAGCUGGCAGUGGUGCAGGCGGUGGUGCGUGAGCGCAUUUUCCAGGCGAAUUCGACGCUCGAGCGUUGCAUGCAGCAAUGA